AUCAUAACAAAUCCAAAGAAAACUAAACUUUACUAUAACAAUGAGCAUGUGGUGGUUCGUAACAACUUUAGUCAUUACUGUUUUCAUUUCUAAUUCCCCUGUUUAUGCUUAUGAUAACAACCCUCUACAGGACAUAUGUGUUGCUGUUAAUGACUCUAAGGCUGCAGUUUUCGUGAAUGGAAAGAUUUGCAAAAACCCAAAGUUUGCAACAGCAAAUGAUUUUUUUGCUUCAGGUCUUAAUGUUAGUGGCAUUGCAGCGCCCGGGGCUGGUGGUGCUGCAAAGUUUGUGGAUGUAAACAACAUGCCUGGACUUAACACUCUUGGUAUUUCUAUUGGUCGUGUUGACUUGGAACCUCAACGUUUUGUUCCAUUUCACACGCACCCUCGAGCUACUGAGCUGAUAACUGUCCUGGAGGGUAUUCUGUAUGCAGGAUUUCUUGUCCCUGAUCCCGCAAACUUCUUUAAGAGUCGUCUCUUCUCCAAAAUCUUGUAUCCUGGCGAUGUGUUUGUGUUCCCAAUAGGUCUUAUUCACUUCCAGUAUAAUGUGGGAAACAAAAAAGCUAUUUAUCUCACUGCUUUCAACAGUCAAAAUCCUGGAUUUAUCUUUAUCCCUAAUUCGAUCUUUGGUUCAAAUCCACCCAUUCCGGAUGACGUUCUUACCCAAGGCUUCCAACUUAGUAAGACACAGAUUGCAGAACUUCGAAGGAAAUUCUCUUAGGCUAUAUUGUGUUUCCUGAAAGUUGUUUGCAGCGCACUAGCUGAGCACCAGCUUCUUAUGAAAGUGUUGGAAUAAUGGUCUACUCAAUUAGUCCUAAUAAAUAAAGUGGCAAUGUAUGUAACAAUAAUCUCUCUUUGCAAUAAAUACUAAUGU